CUCAUGUGUAGCAAGCACCAUAUAUACACCCUCACUUCCUCCUCAUCCUCUGCUCAUUUUUUCUCAAAAAAAGCAGACUCUGUAUCUUCUCUUCCUCUCUACCAUUUCCUUCUUUAAGCUAAUUUAUUAGUUUCUUGCUAGCUAAGCAUGGCAAAAGAAGGAGAGAACAGCACUUUCCAUGCCAGGGAUUAUGUUGACCCUCCACCAGCACCAUUGAUUGAUGCUUCAGAGCUUAAGAAAUGGUCAUUUUACAGAGCAUUGAUAGCUGAGUUCAUUGCAACUAUGCUCUUCCUUUACAUCACAGUCUUGACUGUGAUUGGUCACAAGAGCCAAGUUGCUACCUCCCCUGACGCAUGUUCUGGUGUUGGCCUUCUUGGUAUUGCUUGGGCCUUUGGUGGCAUGAUCUUCAUCCUUGUUUACUGCACUGCUGGUAUUUCUGGGGGUCAUAUUAACCCAGCAGUGACAUUUGGGCUGUUUUUGGCUCGUAAGGUCUCAUUGAUCCGAGCCAUUGCAUACAUGGUGGCUCAGUCAUUGGGAGCCAUAUGUGGGGUUGGGAUGGUUAAGGCAUUCCAAUCAGCAUACUACAACAGGUAUGGAGGUGGAGCCAACACUCUAGCAGAUGGUUACAGCACAGGCACUGGUUUGGGUGCAGAAAUUAUUGGAACCUUUGUGUUGGUUUACACUGUUUUCUCUGCUACUGAUCCUAAGAGGAAGGCUAGAGACUCCCAUGUCCCUGUAUUGGCUCCCCUCCCCAUUGGAUUUGCUGUAUUCAUGGUUCAUUUGGCUACCAUCCCAAUCACCGGCACUGGCAUCAACCCUGCUAGAAGUAUUGGAGCUGCUGUUGUCUUCAACAACAAGAAAGCUUGGGAUGAUCAUUGGAUUUUCUGGGUUGGUCCCAUGAUUGGAGCAGCCAUAGCAGCAUUCUACCACCAAUUCAUCUUGAGGGCAGGAGCUGCUAAGGCUCUUGGUUCAUUCAGAAGCCAAACCCAUGUUUGAUUCAUUUGCCUUUCCUUGACACUUUUCUAGAAGAACCCUCCAAAAAAACACAUAUAUAUAAAUUGUGAAAAUAAUGUGGGAAUUUGCUUGUUAUGAUUUGUGUAUGUUUUAACUGUCCCUUCAGAGCCCUCCCUUUUUUCUUCAAAAUUUCCCUUCGAGGAAGUUGGAAAAUUUUAUAGAAAUUGAAGGGUUUCAUGAAAAUGUAGAUAAACUACUCUUUGAGAAGUGGUGGGGGUAGAAGGGGCUUUUCAAGCACUUUAAUUUAGCUUCUUAUUUUGUACUAGUUUCAAA